AUGUCAAGGAGACCUACAGCUGGUCGACGCCUUGCCGACAGUGGGAGCAUUCGUUUUGUGGGUGCACUGCACUCGAAAUCCCAUACAUCUCCACUAUUGUCUAUCGGCCUUUUGGUUGUGGGAGCUCUGCUGAUUAUAGGUUAUAUCUAUCAUGGCUCAGGUGGCAGGAAUGGCGACAUUGACUCCUUGAAUAGACUUGAUGGCACUCAAGAAGUUCAGAGACUAAUACCUAUUCUAAAGAAAGCUUAUGGGGACAGCAUGCGGAAAGUGUUGCAUGUGGGCCCAGAUACCUGCUCGGUAGUCUCUCAGCUAUUAAAAGAGGAAGACACAGAAGCUUGGGGUGUGGAGCCGUAUGAGCUGGACGAAACUGAUAGCAACUGCAAGAGUCUUUUGCGCAAAGGCGUCGUGCGUGUGGCUGAUAUCAAGUUUCCUCUUCCUUACGGACCUAAGUCUUUCUCACUUGUCAUAGUCUCAGAUGCAUUGGAUUACUUGUCGCCCAAGUAUCUCAACAAGACUGUUCCGGAGCUUGCCAGGGUAUCUGCUGACAGCUUGGUUAUAUUAUCUGGUCCACCAGCAGCCGUCGUCCGCUGCCGCCCGACACUGCCGCCAUAUCUCUCUCGCCAUCUCUCCAUUUUCCCGUUGCACAGGCGACGCAUGUCAGCCACAAAUUCCGGCGACCUCUCUACCUCCUCUCCCGGUGUCGGCCUCGCCGUCCCCUCGCCCGCCAUUAGCCCGCUGCCAGCCGCCGUAGCAUUCCCUUCGCCCUAG